UGUUCAUUGUCAUAUUGUUAUUCUAAAUUAAGCCAGUAUUCAUGGAAUACAUUUUUAACACGUAAAUUGUGAGUUUUUUAAAAUGUUGGAGAAAAAGGAAAAAUGCCCGGAAAAUGGAGGAGUCGGGUUGAAACGGGAGAUUGGACUGAUUAGUGCAGUGAACUUUUUAAUAAAUUAUAUCAUAGCCUCUGGAAUAUUCAUCACGCCAGGAAAGUUGUUGGCAGAAUGUGGAUCUGUCGGGAUGAUGUUGACUAUGUGGGUCUUGUGUGGAUUUAUUGCAUUCUUGUCAUGUUUACCGUUCGGAGAGCUCAGUACUGUGGUGCCAAAGUCCGGCAGUAUCUACAUCUACCUCCACGAAGCAUUCAAAGGGUUCCAUCCAUUCUUCGGUGGACUUCCCUCGUUCGUCUACUUCUGGGUGUCUUACAUCAUCGUGAUGCCAGCCUCGGCAGCCCUGAGCGCAAUGUUGUUUGCGGAGUACUCGGUGAUCAUCAUCCGACUUAUCUGGCACGAGGAUUGCCUCCGAGAUGAAAACGCUUGUCUUCGUGCAAAGUAUUUUUUGGGAGGUGGUGCUUUAGUUUUGAUUGGUGUUGUUAACUGUAUCAGUGUCAAGUUGUACAUCAAAUCACAAGACAUUCUUACAUAUAUUAAGAUGAGCUGCAUCGUGUUCAUCAUCGGCUGUGGAUUCUACAUGUCUGCUUCAGGCAAGGCGAAAGAUUACGACUCCAGUUUUACUGGGACACAUCUAUCCAUAAAGAGAUUAACGCAGGCAUUGUACUUUGGGCUUUACGCUUAUGAUGGCGGAUGGGCUAUAACAGGUAUUACUGAGGAAUUGAAGAACCCAGAAAAAAACAUCGUGUUUAGUAUCCUGAUAGCUCUCACAAUAUCUACUGUCACUUACCUCUGCUUGAACCUGACAUUCUUGACGGCGCUGACACCGGAGCAGAUGUCAGAUGCAACGACUGUCAUUGCUGACUUCACCCAUGAAAUGUUUGGUCCGAGUGGUGGAGGUAUAGCCGCAGGAAUCAUCUGUCUUUGUCUGCUUACCAGCAUUAUGUCCAACGUUUUCUACUCGUCGAGAAUAGGAUAUGUCGCUGCAAGAGAAGGUCAUGUUUUUGAAUUUCUAUGCUACAUUCACAAGAAACUUCAGACACCGGCCCCUGCGGUAAUAUGUCAGAUUGUACUGUCCCUCAUAUAUUUCUUUGUUGGAGGAAACAUCACAUUACUCGUCGACAUGUGUGGAUUUUUCAUGUGGAUGUCCUACGGAAUCACAAUGGUAGCUCUGUUUGUCUUAAGGAGUAAAUUGCCAGACGCAUACCGUCCCUUCAGGGUUCCAUCAGCCAUCCCGAUCCUUGUCGGCGCAGUGUCUGUGUUCCUCGUUGUGGAAUCAAUCAUGAUAAUAGACAUCGUUCUUCUUUUGGUAUUUGCUGCUCUCGUAGCAUUCAUAGUCUUUGUUUACUACAUCUUCAUCUACAGGGCUUUCAAAAUCGAAUCUCUGAAUAAAUGGCAGAAAAAAGUACAAAACUCUUUGUCUCUGGUGCCUCCAGCCGGAGAACUUAAACUAUAACUUCUACAAACAUUCCACUUUUCUGUGACCUAUCUUUAUAUAGAGAAUAUUUGUAUAUCUUAUACUACUUUAAGGAACAAAUAACGAAGAAAUGCUAAAGUAGGUAUUGUUUAUAGCUGCAGAUUUGUAGGAACAAUAAUUGUCUAUGGGUAGAAGGGAAAAAGAGGGAUGGUGGAGGAUAGAAAAGCAGGGGGUCAAACUCCCUAUAAGGGAUGUUGUGACUACUCAUGUUCUAGAAAUUGAGUAAUGAUUAUAAUAAAAACUAUUUGAACUAUAUAAACAGACAAAAUUGUAAGUUAUUAAAAAUAAAUCCGUAAAAUAAUUUGUAUCCUAUAUUUUGGAUACUCAUCUUUAUCUCAUCUACAGAAUAAGGGUGGCCAAAAUUGACCUGCUAACGGUUACAUUAUCACCAUAAGUUUAGUCUGAUUCUAUUGCAAGACUAAAACACAAGUUGCCCUAAAAUUUGAUGUUGUUUGAACUGUUUGUUGUAAAACUGUGUUGGCAUACAAGUUAAGAAAUAGGUAGGUACUGUACAUAUGUAAAAAACGUGUAGCACCCUACCAUCUACCUGUUAAAAUAAUUCAGUUACAAGUUCUGUGAUAUCUGUGACGUGUUUUAUUCUAUGGUAUUUUCACAGUGGAGAAGAAUUCUUUUUAGAUAAUAGGGCCUACAGUACUUAUUAUUAUUUCAGAGUAGAAUGUAUUUAUUUUGUGAUUUUUAUUCGUAACUAGACAUAAGGAAUAUUUUUUUUAGGGGAAAGGUUGAUUCUUGCCCUCCUGUAUUGUUGAUUUGAAAUGUAACUUUUUGAAGAAUCAAGUUAAAUAAUAA